CACACACACUUGUUUGUCUCCAGUCUGUUCUCAUCUCCAAACACUGUGUCUGUCUGUGUGUGUGUGUUUGUGUGUAAAUCACAAGUUUGGACUAAAAGGGGACUGGAUUGCAUUGCACUUGUCUUGUCACCAGCCCGUUCUGUGGCAGUACGGGUAGCCACAGGGUCUCUGACUGUCACAUUGGUGGAGGAGGGGGCUCAGCUGUCUGAUGGCACAGAGUUACACACCCCAGUGAGGUCAGGUGGGCCUGCAGGUCAUGGGGUCAUUUCCGCUGGGGAAAGCGGCACCGCUGGAGAUGCUGAUAGACGCGUGCAUCCAGGCUUUUGAUGAUGAUGGAGAACUUCGAGGGAAUCAACUUCCUCGGACGCUCCUCCUCAUGCAUCGCUGGUACGUCUCCUCCACAGAGCUAGCGGGAAAGCUCCUACUGAUGUAUCGUGACUGUGCUGGAGAGGACAGUGAGCCUACACGGCUGAAGAUCUGUUAUUUAAUGAGGUACUGGAUAGUUGAGUUCCCUGCAGAGUUUGAUCUGGAUCUUGGUCUGAUUCGACUGACUGAAGAGUUCAGAGAUGCAGCAGCACAGCUGGGCUGUGACACACACCUCAAACUACUGGACAUAUCCACCAUUCCUUCUUAUGACUGGAUGCGGAAGCUGACUCAGCGUAAGAAGCAGGUGAAGAAAGGCAAAGCCUCACUACUGUUCGACCACCUGGAGCCCAUCGAGCUGGCCGAACACCUCACAUUCCUGGAGUACAAGUCCAUCCGGAGGAUAUCGUUCACAGAUUAUCAGAACUAUGUGGUGCAUGGCUGUGUGGUGGACAACCCCACGUUAAGAGCCUCCAUCACUCUGUUUAAUGGGGUGUCCCAGUGGGUACAGCUGAUGGUCCUCAGCAAACUUACCCCACAGCACAGAGCUGAUGUCAUCAGCAAGUUCAUCCACGUGGCCCAGAAACUCUUACACCUGCAGAACUUCAACACGCUGAUGGCUGUGGUUGGUGGUCUCAGUCACAGCUCUAUCUCUCGGCUGAAGGAAACACACUCUCACCUCAGCCCCGAUGUCACCAAGAUCUGGAGCGAGAUGACUGAGCUGGUGGCAUCCAACGGUAACUACAGCGCGUAUCGCAAGGCCUAUGGCGAGUGCGAGGGCUUAAAGAUCCCCAUCCUGGGCGUGCACCUGAAGGACCUGAUCGCUGUGCAUGUAGUCUUUCCCGACCGGGUGGAGGACAGUAAGCUCAACAUUGCCAAGAUGCAGCAACUCUACCUGACCUUCAGCGAGCUGGUGGCACUACAGAGCACAGCCACCCAGGGAGAGCCCAACAUGGACCUCAUCCACCUGCUCACGCUUUCCCUGGAUCUCUACUACACUGAGGAUGAGAUUUAUGAACUGUCUCUGCUUCGAGAACCACGCAACCCCAAGUCUCUGCCCACAUCACCAACGACCCCCAAUAAGACACAGGUUCCCCUCGACUGGGCGUCAGGUGUCAACACCAAGCCGGACCCCUCUGUUGUCAACAGACACAUCAGGAAAGUGGUAGAUUCUGUGUUUCGUAACUACGAUCACGAUCACGAUGACUACAUUUCCCAGGAAGACUUUGAGAGCAUAGCAGCAAACUUUCCUUUCCUGGACUCCUUCUGCGUCCUAGAUAAAGACCAGGAUGGUCUGAUCAGUAAGGACGAGAUGAUGGCGUACUUCCUCCGCGCCAACCCAGUGCUGCAGUGUAAAAUGGGCCCCGGCUUCAUCCAUAACUUUCAGGAGAUGACCUACCUGAAGCCUACCUUCUGUGAGCACUGCGCCGGAUUUCUCUGGGGGAUUAUCAAACAAGGCUACAAGUGCAAAGACUGUGGUGUGAACUGCCAUAAACAGUGCCGGGAGCUGCUGGUGCUUGCGUGCCGUCGCCUGCCACGCUGCACCUCCCUGGGGAGCGUGUCGCCUGGAGCCCUCACCCACAGCUCGCUACCCAGCAGCCCCACGCUGCCUGCCUGCAAAGAUGAAGAUGAGGUGUUUGAGUUCCCCUCCAUGUCCUCAGCGGGUGCUGGGCCGAACCUGGAGGGCAAGUCCAUCACGCUGGUGACGGGCUCAGCCCAGCGCAUCUCUGUGCGUCUGCAGCGGGCCACCACGAGCCAGGCCACGCAGACAGAACCUCUGUGGCCCGAGCAUGGAUGGGCCCAGGCAGCCAAUGCCGGAUCACACACCUUCCCCAAGAUGAGGUGCCGACCGCACCGCAAGCCCUCCAAGAGUAAAGGCUUUGCAUGCUGGGAGAACGACAUGCAGGGGGCACCAGUGAGCAGCCAGGGACGGAGGGACUCACAGGACCAGACUGAGGACACAGAGAGGAAUGGACCUCAGCCACGGGAUCCCCACAGCACAGACGUCUCCGAGGUGAAAGACCAGGGUCAUUUGAACCUGAUCAGCUGACUUGACAGCGCAGACGUGAGCAGGCCCCUGUGGAGACUCCCUGUGCUGCGACCCCGAAGACUGUCCUCACUGGGGGACAUGCUGCUUUGUGUCAGGCCCCUGACUGACCAGGAAUAGCCCCCCCACCACCUGUACCUGAGCAGUGACAGAGGUGGGAGCAGGGGAACGGAGGACUGGGGUAGGAGUCACAGGGAUGGGGGCAGUCUGUGAGAAUGCAGGACUGCGCUGGGGCUCUUUGGUGCCAGUCUGGAUCACAAAGAUGCUUUUGGACUGGACACUGUAAGUGAGAAGCCACUUAGUUCACAUGAACACUGCAGUUUAAGGAAAGUGGGGGUUUUUGUUUGUUUUAAGGAAAUUUCUUUUGGGGGUUAUUGACCUGAAAUCUCGGAGUAGUUCAGUUACUGCAUGCAUCUCUAUUCUCCAGUCUGCUUCAGUUACUGUAGUACAAGCUUAUGAUUGAGACGAAUCCCAUCUUGGCUUGUGAGGUCAUGUGAACAGAGGGAUAACUGGAAUGAGCUAUACACACAAUGUUACUUACAUUUAAAACACACUACAUAGAACUAAAGUUAUUCAUAUUUAUUGGUUGGCUUACAUGUUUUAGUUAAGCUUUGGGGGAUUUUGAAAUGUUUGCAUGUCUUUUAUGGGACAGUGAAUAGUUAUAAAUAGGUGACAUUCACAAGGCUAUAAUGUUAAUAUAUAAUAUAUAAUGUUAAUAUAUGAGCCUGUAAUAUAAGGCUAUAAUAUAAUGUUAUAAUAGUUUGUAAAGAUGUUUUGGAUGCACUGAAGAGGUUUUGUGGUUUGGAAUUUUCACAGUAUGAUAAUCUAAUGUAAACAUUUUAAUAGUAGAUAGUAGAGAAAAGUAACAAAUCAUUACAAAAAUGAAAUCAUUACAAAAAGCCUGGGGUUAUUGUUUAUAGUCGAAACAUGAAAAAAUGUUUUGCAUGGACUUAAAAGAACAUAGCCAGUAUAGUACUUAUGACACAAAUAUCAGCUUUUAAGUAUUUACAAUAUUGUAUUUUUGAUAACAUAUUUUUAAGAACUUUAUCAUAAAUUUGAAUACAUUGUCAAUAUUUAUUAUAUUGUCAUUAAAAGCUGAAACACAGUGACUGAGGAAAGGGACAUGGGCCAAGAAAAUAGAAUAGAAAACUCUGUUAAGACAAAACUCUGUUAAGACAAAACUAGAUCACUGAUUGGUCUAGUUAUGGUCAGUACUGCGGUAUUCUUCGGUGCAUUAAUGAUAAAGUUACAGACGUGCUAGAUGAAGGAGACGAGGGAGCAGUGAAGCGUGGCUCACUCAGCUUUCCACACAGUCCACACCCUUAGGACUCAAAAGGGAUGAGAACUGCUGAUAUAAGGAAAACAAAACAAAAAAGUAGAUGUAAUAGAUUGAAAUGUGUUUUAAAAUGGUAUUUUGAAAAAGUCAAUGGUGAGAUCGCCAUCCAAUCAUACGUGACUCACAGUGAAACCGUGACACCGUAACCACCCUAGUGCACAGAUAAAUAUGGGAUGAGUAGCAAUUGUGCAGAAAGGCAUGUUGUGUCAAGGGUGGUAAUACACUUACGGUGCCAUUGUAGAGAAAUGGAUAACACUACUCAUCUUUGAGCAGUAUCUCAUUAUGGACUUGAGGAGAAGGUAUGUAGCUCAGAUCAGUGCCACAGAGAGUAGAAAUCAUCGAGAUCCUGUUAAGAAAGUAACAAUAAAGAUCAGAUAAACAAUUGUCCCAUUAUAAAAUAAGGUAUUACCAAGGACAACAUUUACGUUUAUGUGAUGUUAUGUAAUGUAAUGUUUCUUUGUUUUAUUGUUACAAUAAUAACACAUCAGUACUGCUGUUCAUGUGCAUGUCUGCAGCAGGACUUCAAAUCAGCAUGUUUUGUUCAUGUUUUAUUCAUAUUUUAUUCAUGUGCUUCAGAACAGACUGAUCAAGGCACCUGACUUAUCAGAGCUCUCCAGAGGUGAUCUUCAACUUAUAUAUAACAACCAUAUAUAUUAUGGUUAUAUCAACCAUAUGAUAUAUCAACCAUAAGAUUAUGGUUACCAAGCAGGUUUGGAGGAACGUUUUGCACUAUAUGUGUGAAAUACAAAGACAGAGACACAGACAGAGAGAGAAAUGGACAGAGUGUCUGCUCUCAUCUUUCCUUGUCAGCUGUUCUAUUGCUGGCCAGUGGUUUGUCUGGCUACUGUUGCCUGGUGCUAGAGGAUGGAAUAGGAAAUUUGGUCAGUCGCCAAGGAAAUACAGAGUUUCAGAGCUUUCGUGUCCAGAUCAGUUACAUGUUGAGGUGAACCCUGGGUAAGGCAGACAUACAGACAGGGCAACACAUGCACAAACAGGGAUGCAGACACAGACAGAAGUUUUCUCUAUGAGGAAGUAGGUCAUAUUGAUUACAUCCAAGGCAUGAUAACAGUCAAUAACUGUGACAGUGAUAGUGGUGACAUUCAGGUCACUAAGACGACUGGGGUUAUUUUCUGUCUGACUGAUUGGGACCUUUGACUUCAUUCUACUGCUGUGAUGUUGCACUGUCAGUAAUGCUAUCAUGCUAAAGCCCAGCUAGAAUGGAAGGAAGACUAUAAACAAAGAGGUUUUUUAAAGUGCAUAUUAAAGUGUUGAGUGACUCCAUGAAGAGGUGAGUCUUCAAUCUUUGAAGACAGAAGUGUCUCAGAAGCGUCUCAGCCAGAGGAAGUUCAGUCCACCAUGUUGGUGCAGGACAGAGAAGAGUCUCCAUGUCUCUGUAUGCUGAGGGAUGGUGGUUCAGGUUGAAUAGUUCCAGUGGCUUGAAGGCAGUGUGGUGUAGGACAGGGUUUGGUUGGUGCUUCUAGGGACGUGGGAGCUGGUCCAGUUAUGGCUUUGUAAGUGAGUGUCAGUGUUUUAAAUCUGAUGUGAGCCACUUUAAGGAGCCAGUGGAGGAAACACUGCAGGAGGGUCAUGUGGGGGAACUUGAGGAGGUUGAAAACAAAUCGUGCAGCUGCAGGAGUUGUCAGGGUCUGAUGGCACAGAGGGGAAGGCCUGCCAGCAGCCAAAUGAAUUAGUGCUGACAUGAUUAGCUGACAGCUCUAGCAGCUGGGGAUGUCAACCCAGAACCAUCUCUUCAUGUGUCACAUUUGAAACGGAGGUGUUUGAUUUAGACACACAGCAAGUUUAAGUUUUCUGUUCAUCUCAUGUCUCAAGUUAAGGGAACACUUCAGCUAAGAAUACAAACAUGUUUGCUAAUUAUAGAUAUGUUAGGUUGCAGCUAGCACAAUAAUAUGACAUUGACAUCACGCUAACUGAUCUAUUUCUGUUUUUGCUCACUACUGGCCACUUUACUGAGUGGGUAUUGAGUUUCUUUAACCCAAGGUCACACUCUAUAGACUAUAAUGUAGCAUAGUGGCUUCAUGCUUAUUAUGGCAGUUUAGUCUAAAGAAUUCAAGCAUAAGGCUUCCCUUCAGUGACAUGCACACUGAGCUGCUUGAAGGUGAAUGUGAAAAAAUACCAAGCUGAUCAAAGGUGAGGGUUACGCAGACACUGGUGCUUUCGCAGAGUUUCAGCAUGCAAACAGGUAUAUGAGGUAAAAGUAAAAGUCUCUAAAAGCUACCAUGCAAUCAAGGGAAUGUCGUGAACAAGGACUGACAUGAAAGAUUUAUAGUCUAGUACACAUUCCUUCAGCGUCACUGUUGAUGUAUUUUUAUAUUAAAUUAUUAUUGUAUAGGCUAAUUAUCAAUGCAAUCUUCAUAACCACAUUGGUAAUUAUUAUUGACUGGUGUACUUGAGAAAAACACAUUUUAUUUAGUGUCAUUUAUUCAGGGUAACGCAUGACAAAUGUUUUAUAUCAUCAGUAUGUUUGAAUUGGUAGCAAGUUCCACUUGUCACAUGUACAAAUGUCCUGUGUCUGCCUCUAGAUAAGUUAUUUCACAAACCUUAUUAUGGGUUUGGGUUCUUUAAAAAGAAAUCAACCAAAAUCUGGUUUUGAAUGGUUCUACACUGUGAUUCAGUUCUAAGAAGGAAAUGGGCUGAAGCUAAGUGUUUAGUGAUUGCCAUAAUUUGAAUAAUACUUCUAUGGGGCAAGAUCAUUGCCACAAUCAUUCUGGUUGAGUUAUCUCAGGGGUUUAUCUAUAAUGCAGACCCACUUACUAAUGAGACCAAGGGAUUUGUUUCUGUUCUUUUAUCCUUUGGAUGAAAAGGAUAUUUGUUUUAUAAUUAGGUGAAAAUUCCUUGCUAUUACCCAUUGACUAAUAUGAAAUAUUAUUUUCAAGAUUGGUUAAUUUAAUGCUAUUUAAAAUGUUUUAUGUAAGUAUAUUUUUUUUAUAGAAAAAACAGUUCCUUUCGCUUUUUUUCUUCUUCUGAAGGAUGUAUGGAUGUCCGUUUGAGACUCUUACCAUUUCUGUAUUUGCUUUUAUCACUAUCACGAAGGAAAAAACCUCAUGUGUCUUCACUCAUGCUGAUAGUACUGUCCUCAUCUUUACACUACAAGGAUAAAUACGAGAGGAUCGUUAAAGAGUUGGAAUAUAACCCACUGUCUUUAAAAUGUCCCUCCAUAGUGCAAUUACUGGUCUGAAUGUCACUUGUAGUUUCUGAAAUAAAUGUGCCCGUGUAAGUA